AUGGAGGACGUCGGCUCAGGCGUGAACGCGGACGCGGAGGUGCGGAAGCUGCAGGAGCUGGUGAAGAAGCUGGAAAAGCAGAACGAGCAGCUCCGCAGCCGCCACGGCGCCCUGCCCGCCGCCCCUGCCAGCCCCAAGCGCCUCCUGAGCGGUGGCCCUUCCCCCUCGCCCCCCACCGCCUCCCCGCCCGACGGCCGCUGCCUCAGCCCCAGGGCCGCUGCCUGGCGGCAGCCUCUCGACGAGCCCGGCGGCGUCGCGGCCGGCGGGGAGGGCAGUGGCCUCUUGGACGAUGCGGCGCUACUCAGGCCGGAGGAGCUGGAGCGGUUGGCCGGCUGCGAAGAGGACGAGACCAGCUGGUUAUAUACAUCCCCAAAGAAGAAACCGCCUUCAGUGCAAAAAUGUGUCAGUCCAUUAGUUUGGUGCAGGCAGGUUCUGGAUUACCCAAGUCCUGAUGUUGAAUCUGCUAAGAAGUCCCUGAUCCACAGGCUGGAACAGACAAUGUCAGCUCUCAAGAGGCAGAGUUUGUACAGCAGCCCUUUCAGUGCUGUCAGUUAUGCCAGCUCCUACAGCCCAAAUACAAGUAGCCCCUACAGCAGUGGUUUCAACUCCCCCUCCUCAACACCUGUGAAAUCUGCUUUAGUGAAGCAGCUCAUACCUCCUGGUGCCUCAGGUCAUCUUAAAAGUUCAGCAGAUAGAAAUCCUCCACUAAGUCCACAAUCCUCUCUGGACAGUGAAUUAAGUGCAUCUGAGAUGGAUGAAGACUCUAUUGGGUCUAAUUACAAGCUAAAUGAUGUUACAGAUGUGCAAAUUUUGGCACGAAUGCAAGAAGAAAGCCUCCGUCAGGAGUAUGCAGCGUCUGCUUCUCGGCGUAGCUCUGGCUCUUCCUGCAACUCCACCAGGAGAGGCACCUUCAGCGAUCAGGAGCUCGAUGCACAGAGCCUGGAAGAUGAAGAAGAUGGCACACACCACGCAGUGCACCCUGCUGUUAACAGGUUCUCACCAUCGCCUCGUAGCUCUCCCUGGCCUUCACCCAAACAGUCUCCCAGGAACUCCCCUCGCUCCCGCUCGCCUGCCCGCAGCAUAGAGUACAGCAGGGUCUCGCCCCAGCCCAUGAUCAGCCGUCUGCAGCAGCCUCGGCUCUCCCUCCAAGGCCACCCCACGGAUUUGCAGACCACUAACGUCAAAAGUGAAGAAAAACUAAGGCGUAGUCUUCCAAACCUGUCCAGGACAUCCAGCAUCCAAGCGGAGUCUGUGAAAAACAGCAGGAGCGACUCAAACUUCCAAGUGCCAAACGGAGGGAUACCUCGCAUUCAACCUCAAGCCUCAGCCACUCUGCAAAGGCAGAAAAAUUUGCCUCGUGCUGCCUUCAAAACCAAACAGUUUCUUCAAACUCCAUCUGCAAAAGGAGUACCUUCUUCGAGUAAGUUCCGGUCACCUGCAGCACCGUCGCCCCUAGCCCUCCGACAACCAGUGAAAGCAUUUAGUAACCAUGGACCUGGUUCACUUGCUUCUCCAGAAGCCACACAGAUGACACACAGUAGUUCUUCACCAGGGCCUCUUGCAGCCCAGAGUUCAGGCUUGCCAAGCCCUGCCAGCAGUAUUAACAGCACUACCCUUACCAGGCCGGCAGGGACAGCAGGGAUGAGGAGUGGUUUGCCCAGACCCAGUGCCCCUUCUGCAGGGGGCAUCCCAGUGCCUCGUAGCAAACUUGCACAGCCUGUUCGCAGAUCAUUACCUGCUCCCAAAACCUAUGGCAGUGUGAAGGACGAGAGUUGGAAAGAUGGCUGCUACUGAACUGCAAAGCUGAGUGCAGAGUCCCAGUGCUCAUGGAUGCUUCCUCACCAGGCUCAAGGACAGCUGGAUCAUACAAACUGUUCAGAUGAGACUUUUGGGAUUUGUAGAAAUUCCAGACCUCUCUGUCUCUAAAUUAGCACAAACUUGGCAGAGAUUAUAAAGCAGCACUUUAAUGACAUCUAACAUCAGAUGUUUGGUGGUCAUACAAUCACUUCUACAUUAAAUUGCUAUCAGUUCUUGGGGGGUUUUUCUUGCUUGCUAAAAACAUAUCAAUGUGAGCAUUUAUGACAGUGGCCAAGGUCUGGGCAGAAACCUAACGAAUGCCAAAGAAAUGCCCAUGUUGAGGAACAGCAAGUGUGGCACUGAGCUUAUGCUGCCCAGAGCUUCCUCUUCAGCCUGGGUCAGUUCAGCAGUAAGGCUGGUGAUGGCACCAAACCUACCCUAACCAGGGCUGACAUUCUGAUUGCAGACUGCUGCCCUGCCAGUGCCACACUGCCUUGGGCAGCCGUCUGGGGUUCUCUCCCUGGGACAGUGGUACGUGCCUCCUGCAGAACAGGCAGGGGGGAGCCAUGGCUUUGGAGGAGAUGCCAGGUUUGAAUGUAGCAGGCACCCCAAAGGCAGUAGUGCAGAUUGCAUCUUUCCUAUGCUGACUGAUCAGCUCUGCGUGCUCUUAGCCGUUCCAUUGCCAAAAGGGCUCAAUAUCACUUGUACAGCCUUUGUAACCUUAAAGUUCCUGGCUCAGGAAAGAUGGCCUUUGCUACUGUAGCCACACAUGGCUCACUACCUGGGGACAGCUUUUUAUUUCUAGCAGGUUUCCUCACAAAGGAAAGAGCAAGUCCUGAUGUUCCCUUGUUCCAAUACCACACCAUGACGCUCACAGCCUGGAGCAACCAUACAAUGCUGGUAGUUAAGGAGGAAGAGGAAGAGACACAACUAUGCACUUGUAACAUACAGAUUUUAAGGUAAUGAGUUGACUCUUGAUGCCAAAUGAUAUUCAUUUAGGUGAUGUUCGUGGUAUGAGGAAGUUUUCUGUAUCCUAUUUUUUUACUUUCAUCCAUUUCUUAAAUUGGGUUUAUUUUAAAUUGUAAAUAUUUUUACAGAAGAUAUUGCCCAUGUCAAGUGUGUUUAAGGAUGUACUUUGCCUUACAUAUGUGUAUCUUAACAUUACUGGUAAGAGAGUAUGAAACCUGCUAUGUCUGUUUACAAGCUAGUAAAUUCCUCUGGUGGCUCUGACUCAUUUUGACACAUUUUGCUCAGAACCAACUCAUUUAGCCUCUGAACCAUUUGCUAUCAGGCAAGCAUUUGUCACUGCAGUUGUAUUGGGUGGGACUAGUUAAAACCAGAAGGGAAUUAGUUUGAAGCUUGUUCAGUAUUUUGGAUAUACAGUUGAUGAAGUAAGAGAAUGUGAAUGGUAAAUCCUUUGUGCAAUGACUGACAGACACUACAAGCUGGAUUGGAUGGUAGGUAGCCUUCAGCCCCAUUGAGUAGCUUGAGUUUGGAACUGCUGGUGCAUUUUGACUCCCACCACUAAGAGGAUAACUAACCCUGAAAUCCUAGCCCUUGGAUUUCUGGACAGCAUGAACAUUUCCCUGGAUGAAAAGCCAUGCAAUACUACUUGACUUGGAAGAAGCCAAAUAGGGAGGAGUGGAGACUAAUUUGCAGCUCUAAUUACUCAAGCAAACUUUGGGUUGAUGAAUGACUUCAGGCUCUAGACUUUGAAGUUGAGAGUAUCAAAUAUACUGUAAUGCAGUAAGGGGAAAAAACUACCUUGCCCUGGUGCCAUUGGGCCUGGCUGGUGGGUGUCAGUACCUGCUGUCACUGCUGAGCAGGAGGGAGUAGAUCAAACAUGAGUAGCCUCACUGCAGCCCAGGUGUGAACAUGUCAGCAUUUCACAAAGCAAUGCUGCACCUUCAGUCCAGAAAAGGUGAAUUUUAAGGGGUGGAUUUUAUCCAACACUCAAUUGACGUCUGCAAGUCAGUUGAGAUGGUAUCAGGGGGUUUACUGUGGCUGCACCAAACUGCUGUGUGCAUUUCCUUAAGUAAUUCAUCACUUGGCUAAGUUCACCUUUUAAGUUUUCUGAGGAUUCUUUUCUCUGCUGUUCUCCCCUGAAGUACAGCAAAUGACUUCCUGACACAACCUGUCUGUUUACUUAGCAAGCCUCUGUGCAUUACCAGUUUAUGGAGAUCAGGAAAUCACAGGGGCUCUGUGUGUAGAGAUUUACUGCAGAAGUGUGGAAUUAUGGAUUUGAUAAACUAGUGCCUAUGAUUUACUUAACUUAUGUUUGAUAUUGUAGUAAGGGGUUUGAUGAAUGUGGAUUCCUUUUUGUGCCAACAGCUCAGAAUUGUUGUAUGUUUGAAGGCAGAAGGACUUGUUCUGCUUCCAAAGUUAUUUAAAUUUAAUAUUUUUUUUCCCCUUGGUUUUGGUUGAAUGUUUUUGUAAGUGUUUAAAAGUGUUGAAAAAUAUAUAUAUAAAAUAUUCUUACCACAAAUUACUCCCUGGAUCAUUAUUUUUGUAACCAAUUGUUUCCAAAAGCUGUUAGAAAUUCAGAGGAUACUGUUUCAGGGCCUUUUUUUGGAGGGGAUUGGGUGGUUUUGUCAAGAACCAGGCUCACUUUGCUGGAAGUUACCAACAUCAGCUACCCUGUAACUCAUGAACUGAGCACAACCCUGCCUUUGGGUGAAACCUGAUUUCCUUGACAGGCUCAGAUCGACUUGGGUCAUGCCUCUGCUCUGGCAGGACCAUGAGUAAUUCAGUGAUGUGAAAGCUGUUCUGAAUUUCCAUCCACAGUGAUUUGUUGAUGCAGUCCUAAGCACAGAAGCUGCCUUCCCCAUUCUACAGGAUUUGUGCUCACUUCAAGCCCCCACUGAAACAAGAUUUUCAUUUUGAGAAUUCAUGAAGGAAGUGGAGCAGUGUAAGAAGGGGAAGCAGGAAGAAAGCAGUGAGCUUUCCUUACUGCAGGAAGCAAGGAGUAAGCUUGCUUGAAUUGUGGACUACAGCCUAGCUCAUAGAUGAAUGCCUCUCUCUUUUUGCCUCCUCUACAGGAAGGUUGAAGUUGGUAACUUUCUGCAGUCU